AGACUGCGCAUCGCCUGCGAUUCCGCGCGCAGCUGCCCGUCGUUCCUGACCGCCGAGUCGGCCACCCCGGCCGUCAUUGCUGGCGGUCCGCUCUUGGGUGAUUGGUGGGGCUGGGGUCUUGCUAAUCAGGGGCGCCGCGACUUCCUCUUCCGCGUCGAGUGGUGCAUCUUCGUCUACGAGAAUGAUCCCACCUUUUGGCUGAUCUUCGACGCGCGGGGCUCCAGCGCCAUGUUCGCGGGCCCUGACUGCGCCCCGCUUGCGGCGGCCCAGUCCCCCGGUGUCGUAGGGCCGCGGGAGAGCGAGCGCCUGUGCGUCGCCCAGGGCGACGUCGCCUGCUGCUUCUACAAGUUCAUGCUGCCCGAGCAUCUGCGCGAGGCUUUCGGGCUCCCAGCGGUGCCCUGGUCCGCCCUGCCUGCGGCUGCCCCUCGCCGAGUCGGCCCUUGUCCCGCGGAGUGGAUGGUGCGCUUGCGACUUCGCGUGGUGCCGAUGGGCUGGUCGGAGGGACCGUCUCCUGCGAAUUGCGUGCCUCGGUCACCCGUCGGGCCCGGCCAUGGUGACUCGCUGAUCUGCAUCGACAACUUCGCGGCCCUGGCGACGAUGCAGGUGGAGGCCGACUCGCGUUUGCAGCGCGUGCUCUCCGCGGUGGCCGAGGCGGGCAUCGACGCGGGUCCUGGGCCAUUGGGCUCGCCGCUGCUGGGCUUCGAGCUGGGCGCCCCUGGUGGCGCCCCGCG